AUGAGUCGUCUAGUGAAUUGGUUGCCGACAGUGGCAGCAUUUAUCGCCUUCAUACUGACACUAAUAUGCCUCUUCGCGGGGUCACAAACGAGUGUACUGCCCGACACCUCAAUCCUAACAAUCUAUACCUCAAACAUCAGCCAAAGCACGGAGAUCGCUGGUUUCUACUCCAUCCAUGUCAUGUCAUACUGCGAGGGAGAACUGCGGGUGAAUCACAAGGACUUUAACAACUGCUCCGAUCGAACGUUGUUCUUUUCGUUUGACCCUGAUGCUGCGAUCCGGGCCGACACCGGGAAUACUACCUCCCCGGCGGACUUGGGGUGGCCCAGCGCGAUCACCGACGACUUUUACGCCUUCCAGAUGACAUCGCGCAGUAUGGGAAUAUUUUAUUGUUUGGGAGCCGGAGUGGCCGCCCUGGCGCUGUUUGAGAGGGCAUGGUGGGCGAUCAGACGCGGUCCGCGACAGACGGUAACGGAAGUGUCGUCCAUGAUGUUGAGUUUCGUGAUGCUUGGGAUCUCGUCCAUCAUUGCGACCGUAAUCGCAUUUCAGUUUGUCAACCUGGUCAGCUACCAUGGGCAGGACGCUGGAGUAACAGCGGAGUACGGGCCGCAGUUCCUGAGUCUCACUUGGGCAGCAACAGGGCUGUAUCUGAUUGGGGGCACGACAGGGUUAGUGAUGGUGUUGAUCGACCGCAGUCGACCUCCUGUACGGCGUAAGGAACAACGCGGGAAUAUCCAACGGGACUGUAAAACGAAUCGGAAGAGAGAAGAGAAGAAGGCGACAAGGGGGCCGAUCGGACGGAUGGAAAUGGGUGGAAAGUGA